GACAAUUGUUUUCGAUUUUUAUCUCUUGUGUGUAUUUGCAAAGUGCUCGUGUUAUUGUAAACCUUAAAUGGAUUUAAUAAGCGAUGAAAUCCGGCCAUGGGACGCCAACGACGUUAAAGAACAGUUCGGAGACAGUCUCAUGCUAUUGCCUUCGAACGAUAAUAUCAAAGAGCUGCAGAGUAUUUUACGAGAUAAAAAUACAUCGCGAAGUGAUUUUAAGUUUUAUGCAGACCGUUUGAUAAGGCUAGUAAUCGAGGAGAGUCUGAACAAGCUGCCGUUCACGGACUGCGAGGUGGUGACGCCCACGGGAGCGUUGUACAAAGGAUUGAAGUAUGGUGCUGGGAACUGUGGUGUGUCUAUCGUGCGGUCCGGAGAGGCUAUGGAACAAGGUCUCAGAGAUUGCUGUCGCUCCAUCCGCAUUGGCAAGAUCCUGGUGGAGAGUGACACAGACACACAUGAGGCACAUGUAGUCUAUGCCAAGUUCCCCGAGGACAUAGCUCGGAGACAGGUGCUGCUCAUGUACCCAAUCAUGUCCACAGGAAAUACUGUUAAACAGGCAGUGAACGUUCUGACUCAGCACGGCGUGAAGGAGGAGCGCAUCAUAUUGUCCAAUUUGUUCUGCACGCCCGCCGCCGUACAAGCCGUGGUAGACUACGUGCCCAGGAUGAAUAUCCUCACCUCCGAGCUCCACCCAGUAGCGCCUAACCACUUUGGACAGAAGUACUUUGGGACUGACUGAAAGUUUCUAGGGCCAAUUGAUUGCUUUAACUAUUUUGUCUGGUAACUUAAGAGACAAAACAACAACAGAAGGUUCUCUAUCUAACAAUCGUAAUUUGAAAGGAACAUGCGUGAUCUUUUUCCUCUCAUGGUGAAGAAAAGUUGGUUGUUAACACAUUCAGUGCCGAAAACCAGACUAUCAGGUAUUUUAUGAUUUCGUUCCCAGGCCGGACGACCCGAUAGUCGGGAUCGUGGUGGCCUGGCGCGGGUGUCUUGUUUGACUGAGUGGCAAUGAAUGUGUUAAUACGCUUUUUAAAUUUGUUUUUUUUUUGUACAACUGCAGCUUCAAUAUUUUGAUAAUUUUUUUAAUUGCAAGUUUGUAGAAAACAACACUAACAUGAUUUCAUUUUGGUUCAUGAGAAUUGCGUGGAUAAGGGUGGUAUUCCACCUGGCCAAUGUCACAGCGUCUCACUCUCUCAUUAAGCAAAAUGUGAGACGCAAUACACAUUGAACAAAGAAAUUGGACAGAUGGAAUACCACCCAAGAUAAGUUUGUGAUAAACAUUUAAAAAUAUAACUUUAAAAGAGUAUUUGACCGAAAAUACCAUGAUAUUCAAUCUCAUAACAUUUUUUAUUAGAAAUAUAAGCUAAAAAACAACUGAACUAUUAUUUAUUAUAUUUAGGCUGCACACAACUAAUUGUAUUUACAGUAUCAUGACAUUUAUGACUUGUGUCUCGUUCGUAUGACCAUAAUUAAUGUGCUACCAAUGAAAUAUGCUAAUGGCUUGUGCCUAGCCUUUGUUCAGUUUAAUUCCAGAUCUUUUUAACUGGUCAGGACGUUUAUAAAUUGUAUUAUACUAAAUUGUAGUCAUUAGGAUAAAAUGAGAAUAAAUUUGUUUAUUUAUAAAU